CCUCUAUCCCAAACCUCACAUUUCUAUUUGAGCAUGGCUUUCACUUCUUCAUGCAAUCAUCUUUCGCCACGUGGCUUCUUCUAAUCUUGAUUCUGUGGUUCUUACAAAUUUGGAAAAUAUGAAAUAUUGUCGAAAAUUUCUCUGUUUUUUAGUGUUGGUACCUAGUAUAAAUACUCAUGAUGAUUCGAUCAAGAAAUAUUACAACCACCUUGUAAAUUAACAUCUACCUAACUGUUUUUCGCUCUUGAUCAUCACCCUAUCGAUGGCAAACGCAGUCGCAACUGUCGGAACAGUGAAUCGAGCUCCGCUGAACUUAAAUGGAUCUGGAGUUGGAGCAGCAUUAGUUCCAAGCUCGACUUUCAUGGGCAGCAGCUUGAAGAAGGUGAAGUCCAGGUCUACAAGCCCCAAAGUUUCACCAGGGUGUUUCAAGAUUGUUGCAGGCGAUGUCGAUGAAAAGAAACAGACCGAUAAAGACAGAUGGAGAGGGCUUGUCAGUGACAUAUCUGAUGAUCAGCAAGAUAUCACCAGAGGAAAGGGGAUGGUGGACACUCUCUUCCAGGCUCCCAGUGGUGCUGGAACUCAUGAUGCCAUCAUGAGCUCUUAUGAGUACUUGAGCACUGGUCUCCGAACGUACAUGGACAACAACAUGGAUGGUUUAUACAUCGCUCCGGCCUUCAUGGAUAAACUUGUUGUUCAUAUAUGCAAGAACUUCAUGACCUUGCCCAACAUCAAGGUUCCUCUGAUUUUGGGUAUUUGGGGAGGUAAAGGUCAGGGAAAAUCUUUCCAAUGUGAACUUGUGUUUGCUAAGAUGGGAAUCACCCCUAUAAUGAUGAGUGCUGGAGAAUUGGAAAGCGGAAAUGCUGGAGAGCCUGCAAAAUUGAUUAGACAGAGGUACCGCGAGGCAUCUGAUAUAAUCACUAAGAAGGGAAAAAUGUGUUGUCUCUUUAUCAACGAUCUUGAUGCUGGAGCGGGUAGAAUGGGGGGAACAACUCAAUACACUGUAAAUAACCAAAUGGUUAAUGCAACACUUAUGAACAUAGCUGAUAAUCCCACAAAUGUCCAGCUCCCCGGGAUGUACAACAAGGAGGAGAAUGCUCGGGUGCCAAUUAUUGUCACCGGGAAUGACUUUUCAACAUUGUAUGCUCCUCUCAUCCGUGAUGGGCGUAUGGAGAAGUUCUACUGGGCGCCAACAAGAGAAGACAGAAUUGGUGUUUGCAACGGCAUCUUCCGUACUGAUAACGUUCCUAAAGAAGACGUGAUCAAGCUUGUGGACACAUUCCCCGGUCAAUCUAUAGACUUUUUUGGUGCCUUAAGGUCGAGAGUGUACGACGAUGAGGUGAGGAAGUGGAUCAAUGGUGUAGGAAUUGAGAAGAUCGGGAAGAGACUCGUGAACUCGAAGGAAGGACCCCCAACUUUUGAGCAACCGAAGAUGAGCCUUGAAAAGCUGCUAGAGUAUGGACAGAUGCUUGUCCAGGAACAGGAGAAUGUGAAGAGGGUGCAAUUAGCUGACCAGUACUUGAAGGAUGCUGCGCUUGGAGACGCAAACAGAGACGCUAUGGCCAGAGGAACUUUCUACGGCAAAGCAGCUCAACAAGUUAACGUUCCCAUUCCAGAAGGCUGUACUGAUCGAAGUGCAGAAAAUUUUGAUCCAGCAGCCAGGAGUGAUGAUGGGAGUUGCUUGUAUACAUUCUAAGCCUUUUUUAAGGAUCUUAAAGUCCAGUAUUUUUGAGUUUUGUAAAGGAAGUCAAAUGCAUAUAUAGAAGCAUUAUUUGUAGUCUGUUUUCAUGGAUUGAUGAAUAUUAUGUAAUGUGCAUUGUACUAUGGACUUGGAUUCAUGAUGAAGAAGUGUAAAUUUGUCUUGCUUUAAA